UUUCCAUCGAGUAAGAUGGAAUCGAGCAAUGUAUUAAAUCCUACCGCCAGAGUGAAAGAUGAGCCUCUUGAUGAACCUUUCAAUGAUGAUAAUGAUUAUGAAAUAACUGACAUUACAUCUACAGUUACUCAAAAUAUUAAGUACGAAAGUUUUUGGCAAGAAAAUUCAACCCAAGAGCUUCUUCAAGAAUGUGACGAAAAUCACGAAAAUAAACUUGGCGACGUACAAAUCGAGUUGGAAUAUACAGACAUGAAGCCCAAUUUAUUGGCCAAAAUUGAAGAUUUCUCUCCAAAUCACGGGCAGCAUAGUGAUGAUUAUAAAACCGGAAGCAAGAUUAAACUAGAAAUUGUCGGGACAGUGAAGAAAGAAAUUUUUAGCGAAAAAGAAAGUUAUUUGAAUUUAGGAUGUGGACUCAGCGAGAAAAAUGAAAAAGGAACUGUUUCAAAGGAGAUGAACUCUAAACAUAUGCUCAAAACUCAGACUGAAUCAGUCCGUUAUGGCAAUAUCAUACCUGCAUGUGAUACUUGCGGAAAAGUGUUCAAACUAAGAGGUCAUCUCAAUAGGCACAUCGAUUCGGUGCAUCGUAAAAUCACGCAUUCAUGCGAUAUAUGCCUAAAGACAUUCUCAAAUAAAAGUAAUCUUAAAAUACACAGUGAUUCAGUGCAUAAUGGUGUUUCACAUGCGUGUGAUAUUUGUGGGAAGACAUUCACUCGGAAAGAUAAUCUCAAAAGCCACGUCGAAUCGAUACAUCAUAAAAUUAUGCAUCCUUGUAAUAAAUGCCCAAAGACAUUCUCAGACAAGGGUAGCCUAAAAAGGCACAUCGAUUCGGUGCACAAGCGAGUCAGACAUGCAUGUGAUGUUUGUGGAAAGAAGUUUACACAAAAUAGUUCUCUCAAAAUACAUAUCGCAUCGGAGCAUAAUGGUGUCAGGCAUGCAUGUGAUAUGUGCACAAAGAAAUUUACUGCGAAAAGAAGUCUUAAAGCCCAUAUCGAUGCGGAGCACAAUGGAAUCACCCAUCCAUGUGAUUUCUGUGGAAAAAAAUUUAAAUAUCAAACUCAACUCCGUAAGCAUGUCAAAUCGUCGCAUAGUGGUAUCAUACAUUCAUGCGAGACAUGCGGCAAGACAUUUGGACAGAAAAAAAAUCUCAGAGCUCACAUCGAUAUGGCGCAUCGCUCACGAUAAACAUAAACUGCAUAACUCGGAGCGAACUACUGGUGGAAAAAGAAGUAAUUUAAUUUGAUUUCUUUACUGAUGGGGUCGGAGUUAUAACCUUAUAGGGCCACGAAGCAAGUACACAAUAGAUAGACAAAGAAAUGAGUGAGAGCCACUAUGUUUUAUUACUUUGAAGCCAGAGUUUCGGUGAACGAUGUAUACGGGGUAAAAGUAUGGAAACACUUGGAAAUUUUGCGAAAUAAACACAGAAAAAAAGUCUUGUGGUUUUUUUUUCAUUAACGAAGUCAAUUUGGGGAAGCUAAAAUACUAAAAUACGCGAAGUGGCAUCUUUCAGCACUGGCACGUCGACUUAUUCUUAAAUUAUAUGAUCUUUAAUAAAAAAGCGUUUAUGUAUUGAUUAACUUACAAAACAAAAGAAUAUGUUUUAUUUUCUUAAU